GCUGAGCAGCUGUGCAGCCUCGGUAUCGCUCACCAUCAGACAACGGGAGUCACCGGCGCCGAACACACUCAGUUUCUCACCCCCGACGUUUUAAACGUUUAAACAGCUCGGUGAAAACGUUGCUUUCGGGAGCGUCGUGUCAGCGAAACGACAUGGGGUACCGAGUAGCUUUACUGCUGCUGGCUGUGGUGGCCUCGACUCUGGCUGCCGAGGUGCCUACAGAUGUUUCCAUGGGUCUCUUGGCGGAGCCCCAGGUGGCCAUGUUCUGCGGUAAACUCAACAUGCACAUCAACGUGCAGAGCGGCAAGUGGGAGCCCGACCCCUCCGGCACCAAGAGCUGCAUCGGCACCAAGGAGGGCAUCCUACAAUACUGCCAGGAGGUGUACCCAGAGCUCCAGAUUACCAACGUCGUGGAGGCCAACCAGCCAGUCAGCAUCCAGAACUGGUGCAAGAAGGGGCGCAAGCAGUGUCGCAGUCACAUGCACAUCGUCGUGCCCUACCGCUGCCUGGUGGGAGAGUUUGUGAGUGACGCCCUGCUCGUCCCUGACAAGUGCAAGUUCCUGCACCAGGAGCGCAUGGACCAGUGCGAGAGCCACCUGCACUGGCACACCGUAGCCAAGGAGUCCUGCGGCGACCGCACCAUGAACCUCCAUGACUACGGGAUGCUGUUGCCGUGCGGCAUCGACCGCUUCCGGGGAGUGGAGUUCGUGUGCUGCCCCGCCGAGGCGGAGCGCGACGCCGACAGCGCCGAGCAGGACGCAGACGACUCCGAUGUCUGGUGGGGCGGAGCGGAGACCGACUACUCUGACAACAGUAUGGUGCGGGAGCCGGAGCCAGCGGAGCAGCAAGAGGAAACCAGGCCAUCUGUGGUAGCUGAGGACGACGAGGAAGAGGAGGAGGAGGAGGAGGCGGAGGCGCCGGCCGAGGAUGAUGACGAGGAAGAGGAGGAAGAGGAGGAGGAGGAGGACAUGUUGGACAACGACCAGGACGGCGACGGAGAGGAGGACGAGGAGGCGGCGGCCGACGAGGAGGAAGAGGAGGAGGGAGACGACGACGUCGCCGACACAUUCGACGACAGCGAUGACGCCGACGAGCCCACCACCAACGUCGCCAUGACGACCACCACCACCACCACCACCGAGUCUGUGGAGGAAGUUGUCAGGGAUGUGUGCUGGGCCAACGCAGAGACAGGUCCCUGCCGGGCCAUGCUGCCCCGCUGGUACUUUGACCGCCAGGAGGGCCGCUGUGCUCAGUUUAUCUACGGCGGCUGCGGAGGCAACAGGAAUAACUUUGAGUCAGAGGAGUACUGCCUGUCUGUCUGCAGCAGCGUCAUACCCACAGCCACACCCAGCUCCCCAGACGCCGUGGACCACUACCUGGAGACGCCCACUGACGAAAACGAACACGCCCACUUCCAGAAGGCCAAAGAGAGCCUGGAGGCCAAGCACCGCGAGAGGAUGUCCCAGGUGAUGAGGGAGUGGGAGGAGGCUGAGAGGGAGGCCAAGAAUCUCCCACGUGCUGACAAGAAGGCUGUCAUCCAGCGUUUCCAGGAGAAGGUGGAGGCGCUGGAGCAGGAGGCGGCCAGCGAGCGCCAGCAGCUGGUGGAGACUCACAUGGCCCGGGUGGAGGCGCUGCUCAACGACCGCCGUCGCCUGGCUCUGGAGAGCUACCUGACCGCCCUGCAGCAGGACCCGCCCAGGCCUCGCCACGUCUUCAGCCUGUUGAAGAAGUACGUGCGCGCCGAGCAAAAGGACAGGCAGCACACCCUCAAACACUUUGAACACGUCCGCAUGGUGGAUCCUAAGAAGGCAGCCCAGAUUAGACCUCAGGUGCUGACCCACCUGCGUGUCAUCGAGGAGCGCAUGAACCAGUCUCUGGGGCUUCUCUACAAGGUGCCCGGCGUGGCCGACGACAUCCAGGACCAAGUUGAGCUCCUGCAGAGGGAGCAGGCGGAGAUGGCCCAGCAGCUGGCCAACCUGCAGACAGACGUGAGGGUGAGCUACGGCAACGACGCCCUGAUGCCCGACCAGGAGCUGGGAGACGGCCAGACCGACCUUUUGCCCCAGGAGGACACUCUGGGCCUGGCCGGAGUCGGCUUCAUCCACCCCGAGAUCUUCAACCAGCCCAACACCGAGAACCAGGUCGAGCCCGUGGACUCUCGCCCUAACCUUGACAGAGGCAUCCCCACGCGGCCAGUGACUGGAAUGAAGAUGGAAGCUAUUCCUGAGAUGCGGAUGGAGACGGAGGACAGACAGAGCACUGAAUACGAAGUUCACCAUCAGAAACUGGUCUUCUUCGCUGAGGACGUGGGCUCCAACAAGGGCGCCAUCAUCGGCCUGAUGGUCGGAGGUGUCGUGAUCGCGACCGUCAUCGUCAUCACCCUGGUGAUGCUGAGGAAGAAGCAGUACACCUCAAUCCACCACGGAGUCAUCGAGGUGGACGCAGCUGUCACCCCCGAGGAGCGCCACCUUGUCCAAGAUGCAGCAGAACGGCUACGAGAACCCGACCUACAAGUUCUUUGAGCAGAUGCAGAACUGAGGGAAAUGUCACAACGUCCACACACACACACACACACACACACACACAUGAACACACACAUACGUAAACAUCUCUACCCCCCCAUACAUCACACCCACCCCUUCCCCAUCCCUCUCCCCUCUCUCCAAUCCAGCCCCCACGCCUCCAAAAAAAGGCAGAUCACCGAGCGACUGAAACAGUCAGUUACGAGCAUCCAGAGCGACCGCAGCCAAGAGGGGGGGAGGGGAGGGAUGGUGGUUUUGGACGCCGUGGGCCAAAGCCAGUUUUGCACCAAGUUUGUUCACUUUAUUGGAGCAAGUCGCCUUUUAAUUAAAGAAAGGGUUUUUUUUAAUACGUUGCUCUGUCUCGGCCUGCUGACGUACAGGGGGGGUUAAAAAAAAAAAGAGGCCCCCGCCCAGUGCAUCGAAACAAACCCACCUAUAGGGGCGAAGAAGCGGGUUCUCUCCACACUGAUUCAGGGCCAGUGUAUAGUUGGGGUUGUUUUUUUUGUUUUUUUUAGGUGUGGGCUUGUGUAGGCAAAUCUGACCACUGAUCAGUGGGAUAAGAGGCGCACGCUGACCUGGGCCUCAUUUGGAAGAGCUGGUUGCAGCAGAUGAUUCAGUCAAUUCAAAUCAUCCCUCUUUGCAUUCUUUACCACGAUUAUAUAAUGACAUAGGUUUAAAUCAAGCGACGUGGUCUUUAAAUGAGGCCCAGGGAUUCCCCUUCUACUGCACCACUACUGCACUCACUCUACAGUCUACACUGGAGUACAAGUGAGCCCCCUCUCCUUCCCCUCCUCCAUCCAUCCCUCCCUCACUCCAUCCUCUUUUCUUUGCGCAUUCUUACGACAGCUGGGCUGUGUUAAGUCACACAAGGCUCUUAAGGAUAUCCGGAGAUGCUGACGAUAACGAAUAUGUCGACGACGACGGUAGUAACUAUUGUAUUCUGAACGAGCUGUUUUUAUUUGAGUUUUUUCUCUAUGGUUUCCAGUUUUGUUUUUCAAAAAAGAAUGAAAACAGAGAAAAAAAAGAGUCAACCAAUGUAAAGUCCUUUUUUUAAAUUGCGUGUAAUGUUACUGAAGUAAUGCUCAAGUCUUAGCCGUUCCUAUGUAGUGCAUGACAACAAUGACAACUGGAUUUGGAAAAAGAAAAAAAACAAAAAAAAGAUCUUAACGCUGCUCUCUCUCUCGAGAUCCUUUCUCACAUAUAGAUUGUCAUUCUAGCAAGAUUGUACAUUUAGUAUCUUCUCGUGAUCACGUGACUUCAAACAAUGAUGAAAAAUAUAUAUAAAUCUAGAUGAACAGGCUCUGCUUUGAUAUCAUGUAAAAUACACAUUUAAAAGAGAUCUGUGAUUUUGGAAUUUAAGCGUGUUUGUCAUUUCUUUUAUUAUUUGAUUAGAUUUCUUCUUUUUUUUACCAUGCUACGUUCUCGAAGCUGCAGGAGGGGGGCCAGCUUCAUCUGUGUUUGUACAUGAUUCUGAUUCACUGAAAUAUAUUGUGUGUUCAAAACCCUCGUGCGUAGGGGCUUUCAGAAAUCAACCUAUUUAAUUUCUUUUUUUGCUUUUCUGUCGGGUCCAUGUUACUGUGUUUGAAAAGGGCGCGUCACGGGGGCGGGGUGAAGGUUACAGGGAAGCGGGAAAUGCGCGAGAGGUCGGGAUUGGCAGGGACGGGAGUUGGGAUUAUCUCUGGCCAUGUACGUGUGUGUGUGUGUGUUUUUUUGUCCUUUUUUCAGUCUGGUGUUUUGUCCAGUCGAAAGCCGACACCGUCUCUUCUCUCUCUCUCGUCUUUUUUUUUUUUUUUUUUUUUUUUUUGGUUUUGUAAUUAUUUCGCUUUGUGCUGAUAGAACAGGUGAAGUGCUCAGAGGAGGAGGGAGGGUGAGGAGGGGGAGGAGGGAGAGGUAGAGAGGAAAUGACUUGCAGUUCCGGAUGGAUAGCCAGCCAGGCAUGCAGUCUGUAUAUAUAAUGGAUUUUCAGUCCUCCCUGCCCCUCACCCACCCACCCCCCAGAACCUCCUUUCCCUUCCCUCCUUCCUUUCCUUCCCCCUCCUUUCCCUUCAGGCAUGCUGCUCACCUCUCCCAAUAGGCGUUCACCAUCGAAGAGAGCUGAGAGGGAGUUGUAGGCAAGACCCCCUCCCUCUCCUGUUCAUCCUCACACAUCUCAUGUUCAACAUUUGUCACCAUCUCAACAUUACAGAAAGAAAAGCAGCGUGACCUCUCACUCUGUUAAUACGUCUAAUGGCAAGUGAGGAAGCGGUCGAAGUGGGAUGUAUAUUCGGAGGCAGGGGCGGGGUGGUGGUUUUCAGAGGGUGCUCAUUAGAAGCCCAACAGAGGGCAGUAGAGUAGAAGAGGAAGCAGGAUUUUCUUUCUAUCUUUAUCUGUGGGUUAUAUAUUGGUUUUGUUUUCCACUGUGUAAUAUUGUGCAGGCCAUUUGCAUUGACUGGGAAAACGCUUUCUACACUGUAUUCCAUAAUAAAGUUUUGAAUGUACAUACA